UAAGUAGGGCGGAGGAUGUGCUGAUGAGGGGGGAAUCCAAGGCGAGGUGGCGUGAUGUCGUCAUGACGCUUCACGCAACUCCCCCAUUCCGUCUGACGCACGCCCUGUUCGAGCCCAGUAAAUGGACAGAGAAUGUCAGCAGUAUGGAUGAGGCAGAAAUCAACACUGAGAUCAUUGGUGCUAAAGGACUGCUAGAUGACAGUAAUUUCAUCUCUGAGAAGAGUGACAUUCCCAAAUUAGAAGAGAGUGAAACAUCGUUUCAGAAUAAUACAUUAACAUUGCCUGAAGACCUAUCAACAGACAAGUCUGAAAGCGCCUUAAGUGGGGGCCAAUCAUCUAUAUUUAUACAUACUGGGGCUCCUGCUGUUUCUAGUGAAAGUUUUGUUCUGCCUACAGAAACUUCUGUUAAUGGACCAGUCCCACACUCCAGUUUAACUAAGAUUUCCACUAUGAAACAAGGCAGCAUUUCAUUAACUAAUGCACAAGCUGUGGGCCAUCAAACAGAUUCUUCUUCAUCUAUCACCGUGGUACAUGAUCUUCAACUUCCCACAAAACCAUCAAUCCAAAAUUCAAGCCCAGUUCUGUUCUUGUUACCUGAAGCAGCACAUGCUAAGAACCUAUCACAUUCCAUGAAAAAUCUACCUCCCUCUGCUUCAGUUGCUUGUGACCUAGAGCCAUCAAUAGGGAAAAGCAUCAAAUCAGAUAGCACUUUAGUAAGCCAAGUAGAUGUGUGUGAGGAUAGCAGGAGUUCAUUAGGCAAAGAGGAUGGUAACAAAUCACUAACGGGAAUUUCCUCAGCGGCAGGCGACUUCAGAUCAGAAAGUGAUGUAAGCUGGGAUCCACAGAAAGAGUACAUAGAAUUCCUCAUGACAAAUGAAGAAGCUGUAGAAGAGUCGCCAGUUCAACCUAAAGUUGGCAUUCAGAAAAGGAGGAAAAGAAAGAUGGAUGUUAGCAAAAUAACUCGCUAUACUGAGGACUGUUUUAACGAAUCAAAUUAUAUUCCCGACAAUUCUGAAUCGGUAGAUGUUGAGUUUUUGGAGCAGAGUGAAAAUGUGCAAAUAAUAGAAUCACAAAAAUAUUCAUUAGCAAGAGUAAAACCUGAAUCUACAGACGAGGAGUUGGAAGUUGUGGAUGCCAUCCAGCAUCUGAUUUAUAAUCCAAGUAAUAAGUGUGCAGAUGACAUUUCCCCUGUUCACAGUAGCACUUUUCUUUCUAAUACCUUAUUGAACAAAUGUGAACAAGAUGACUUAGUAUCACCAUCUAAUUUCAGUUCCGAUGAGCCGUCUUUUUAUCCCUGUACAAAGUGCAAUGUGAAUUUUAGGGAAAAAAAGCAUCUGCACAGGCACAUGAUGUAUCACUUGGAUGGCAAUAGGCACUUUCGUCAUUUAAAUGUUUCGAGGCCUUAUGCGUGUAGGGAAUGUGGCCGGACCUUUAGAGAUCGCAAUUCCCUUCUUAAACAUAUGAUAAUUCAUCAGGAAAGAAGACAGAAAUUGAUGGAGGAAAUUCGGGAAUUGAAAGAACUUCAGGAUGAGGGUAGGAGUGCACGGUUACAGUGUCCACAAUGUGUGUUUGGUACCAAUUGUCCCAAAACCUUUGUGCAGCAUGCUAAAACCCACGAAAAAGAUAAAAGAUACUACUGCUGUGAAGAAUGUAACUUUAUGGCUGUGACAGAGAAUGAACUUGAAUGCCAUCGAGGGCUUGCUCAUGGGGCAGUAGUGAAAUGUGCAAUGAUCGCCACAAACAUUACACAGAGGAAAACACACAAAAAAGCAUUGAUGAAAGAUUCCUAUAUGGAAUCCUCAAAAAAGACAGCUGACUAUAUGUGUAAAAUGUGUCCUUUUACUACAUCGGCCCGAAGCAUUUUAAAAAAACACGUGGAAUAUUUGCAUCCAUCAGCUUGCAUAGAUCCCUUUGGCAGUCGCCUUAGAUUAGAUAAAAGAAAAAGGCUCGGUAUAGAAGAAGCUUUAGAUUUCGGUAGCAGGACUAAACAUUUCAUCAAACAAGCAUCUGCCUUUCCAAAGUCUUCUGUUUUAAAACAAGAUAUGAAACGACCAUUUGGCUCUGCAUUCCAGACGAGUCACUUUGCAAAACUCCACAAGAGACCCUCCAGGAUACAGAAGGCUCGGAAAAGCGUUGCACAGUCAGCUAAACUUGCUGGAAAAAAAGACAGCUAUGAAACGGACGAUGAAAGUUCAUGGGAUAAUGUUGAACUGUGUGAUUACACUACACGGUCUGUGGAGGAUGGCUCUUACAGUGAUAUUAAUCAGGACCAUGUAAACCUGUUCCCUUUAUUUAAAGGUAAAAUGGAAGAAGAAGGUGGUGGUAAAUCGUCUCUUAGAUAUGAACAAAAUGAUGGAUUUUAUUUUGAAUAUUAUGAAGAUGGUGAAGGUAACAAUUAUCUGCAUGAUUUCCAAGAUCAUCAUAAUUUGGAAAACAUAGGUACAACAUUGCCAAAGCAUAAUUCAGUUUUUCACUGGACUGAUUUAUCACUUGAGAAAAAAAACUGUCCAUACUGUCCAGCAACUUUUGAAACUGGUGUCGGAUUGUCUAAUCAUGUCCGUGGACAUCUUCACAGAGCUGGGUUAAGUUAUGAGGCGCGCCAUGUUGUCUCACCUGAGCAGAUAGCUACAAGUGACAAAAUGCAGCAUUUCAAAAGAACUGUGACGGGAACCCCAGUGAAACGAGUUAGAAAAGCAAUUGAGAAAUCUGAAAGUUCUACAGAACACACAUGCCAACUCUGUGGAGGUUGGUUUGACACUAAAAUUGGAUUAUCUAAUCAUGUGCGAGGACACCUAAAAAGGCUUGGUAAAACCAAAUGGGAUGCGCAUAAAUCUCCAAUCUGUGUUCUAAAUGAAAUGAUGCAAAACGAAGAAAAAUAUGAAAAAAUCCUUAAAGCAUUGAACAGUCGUCGCGUUAUUCCCAGACCAUUUGUUGCUCAGAAACUUUCAUCCAAUGAUGACUUUUUGUCUCAAAAUGUUAUACCUCUUGAAGCAUACCGCAAUGGCCUAAAGACUGAAGAUAUAUCGGUGUCUGCAUCAGAGGAAGAAAGGCUGAAUUGUCUCAAUGAAUGUGAUGAAGCAAAAUCAGUACUGCAUGAUGAAAAAAAAAACCAGUCACUUACACUGAUAGAACUCUUGAAAAAUAAAAGAAUGGGAGAAGAAAGAAAUUUUGAUAUCUCCCCUCAAAAGAUUCAUAAUCAAACCGCAAGAAAGAGGUUUGUUCAAAAAUGUGUUCUUCCAUUAGAUGAAGAUGGACCUUUGAUGUAUCAACCACAAAAAAUGGAUUUGACUGUACAAUCAGGUAUGCCUGUGAAGCUUAGAACGUGUGUGCAUUGCAAUACGGCGUUUACAAGUGCUGUUAGCCUGUCCAACCACUUACGCGCUUAUGCACGAAAGAAGAGUGCUGGACUUUUGACUGGGACAGCCAUAGAUUGUAAGCAAAAAAAAUCAAGAUCAAGAUCUGGAAGCAAGAAAAAAAUUCUACCAUUACCUCAUGGUGCUGAUGAAGUUUACAUACUCCGGUGCAGGUUUUGUGGUCUAGUGUUUCGAGGACCCUUAUCUGUUCAAGAAGAUUGGAUAAAGCACCUUCAACGCCACAUUGUCAACGCAAAUCUUCCUCGGACUGGGGCUGGCAUGGUAGAAGUGACAUCACUGUUUAAAAAACCUGCCUCAAUUUCUGAAACUUCAUUUUCUUUCCUGAUGGCUGAAGCAGCUUCAUAGAAUACGAAAACACUUCAUAUUGCAUUGGAUGUACAUUUGAAAUCCUUUUGUUAGUUUUUUUAAAGUUAAAUUAUCUUUAUAAAAUUUGAAGCAAGAAAAUGGGAGGGGGAGGAGACAGUUAACAUCCAAACAAUUGAGUACUUAACACAGUUACCGUAAGUAGUCUUUAUAUUUUAUAUAGGGUGGAAGAUGUAUUUUUAAAGUUUACUAUGUUUUUGGGUCAAUUACCGUGUUCACUAUUGAUACAAACCCAUCACAUGUAAGAAGAUGUUUUUAAAUUGUUGCACAUGGGAUCUUAACGAUAAGUUUUAUGAAAUGAAAGCAUUCUUUACAGUGUUACCAGAAUCAAUGCUUUGUUUAAAAAAAAACUUGCUUAGUAAAAUAUUUUAUUUUGUUUGUAUGUAUGUAGUGUUUUGUACAAUACCAAGAAAUGCUAAUGCAAUUUAUUAAAUUUAGGGCAUUAAAAAUCAUGGACUUCAUAGAUCAGGAGACUGUUCCAUUCAAAUAGGGCAAUUAGUACUAUUUAGCUGUGUAUGUGUUUUCUAAUCACACAAGACUUUUUUACUAAAAGUGGAGGGAAACUUGUUUAACAAAUUUCUAAAACCUAUGUACAUAAUACUGGAAACUAUUUGUGGUAAGGAAAGAUUCUUUACUUCACCUGCAUUUCUCACUGACAAUAAAGUGGUGCAUCCAUGCUACCUCCAACUUUGUCAGCAGUAAUGGUAUUUACCCUUUCCAUUUGUAGCAUCACAUACUUACAGUUUUCUUUAUUAUAGAACACGCUAAUGACAUUGUUUCUUUAUGCUUUGCUUAAAGGUAUGUUGCUUAUACAAGUCAUUUUGUUGCCUUUUAUUUAAUACUAUAGAAAUGUAUUAAAAGCAUUGCUCACUACAUGGCUUAGGUUAAACUAGCCUUUUUGCAGUUGUUUUUAAAUAAAUCAUAAUAUCAUUGGACACAAAUAGAAAAGUUUCCAUAUAUGAAGAGAAUGUUUACAAUUUGAAUUUUAGAAUUUGUUUUGGGUGUAAUUAUAUGUAUGAAAACUGUAACACUAUGCUCAUGCUAAGGACCUAUUUACAGAAUUAUUAAAAUAAAUGUGCUGUGAGGAUAGAAAAAUAUGGUGCAAGUGUCUUGAUCAAAAUUAAUAUUGGCUGUUGACAAAAAUGUCACUUUUCAGCAGAUAAGCAAAUUCCUCUUUAAAAACUGGUUCUGUAAUGCAAGUAAUGUUUCCUUUUAUUCAUGUAGGGUGAUUAAUACUGUAGUUAAGCCAAGGAAAUGCAUUGAUAUUGUUUUGCGUGUAAAUAAAAUUAUAAAACAGUUGAGAUGUGAGGAGUAUUUUGGUGGAGAAUAUACAUACCUCACAGCCAGUGAAAUUGUGUUCCUCAUGGUAUAUCUCCAUACCAAGACUAUAUCUCUCUAAAUAAAAGGUUAAAAGAAAAUGUGA